AUGACCAACUCACUUAUCAUUGCACCCAACGACUCUAGAAUAAGAGAUCCAAGCAGUAUAGUCCUCGACGCUUCUUGGCUUUAUGACCCUGAGCCUGCUACAAGAAAUGCUUACGAAGAGUUUCUUGCUGGUCCCCGAUUUCCGGGAGCACGAUUCUGGUCGUUAGACGACAUUUCAGAGCCUCACCCAGGUGGGUACGCGCUCAUGCUACCCUCUCCUGAACGUUUCGCCAAAUUUGCCAGUGAGCACGGCAUCAAGAAGGAUUCGCAUGUCAUUAUCUACGACAGUGAGGGUAUCUUUUCAUCCCCUAGAACAGCUUGGACUUUCAAAGUGUAUGGUCAUGAAAAGGUAUCAAUCAUUGACGGAGGUCUGCCUCGGGCAUUGGCAGAAGGGGUCGAACUGGAAAGCGGUGCGCCAAAAGAGUUUACAAAGGCCGUCGUCGAAUUCGAGGAGAUCCAGUCUUUGGCUGCGAGACUUACGCCUUUAGCCAAUGAUGUCGUCUUGAUCGAUGCACGACCUUCCGCAUCAUAUAUCGCAGGACAUAUCCCUACUUCGCUUCUGUUCGACUUUCCCACGGCUUUGUCGAAAGAUCCCUCUGGGUUCACAUAUCUUCGAUCUCCUGAAGACCUCAAGAUACACCUCACGGAGCGAGUCGGAUCGGAAUGCGCCGGAAAGAUCCUGUCCAGACAAGUGGAAGUGGUGAAUAGUAAGUCUCGAAUGAUGGGUCAAGCUGACGGAGCAGCAUGCGGUGGUGGUCUUUCGGCUGCAAUCAAUUGGCUUCAGCUACAAAUACUAGGUGUUCCUUCAAGACUGUAUGACGAAUCCUGGGGUGGAUAUUCUGCCAGACCUGAGACUAUACGUAUAACCGGAUCUGCACCUUUGUAG